AUGUCCCAACCGCGCGACGUGUACGCUACCAACUCUCCUCCUCGGACUCCUCCCUCCCAGACUGCAAAGUAUCGGCCUAAGCGUGGCUACCCUACCCGUCCGUCCAUCCGCGAUGCCUUUCCCGACACGGCCGCCGAUAAUGCGCCCAAUGCCAGCGAGUCGGCCGACGAGCGCGAUCCUCAUGACCUGUCUCUGUCUCCACAACAUGCGGCCCGCACGUCAAUCGUAGACAACAUGCUCCUCUCCCUCGAUCAGUUUGGCGGGUCCGGAUCUCCGUCGGCGUUGGACGAUUAUCGACUCUUCAAUUCGGCCUUUGAAACGGAAACGCACGGUCGAUAUCGUGGCCAUACCUUCUCAUCCUCAAUGUCCUCCGACGCUGACUACGGCUACGACGACAGCAGUAGCAGCCGCUAUGCGACUAUCACCCCCAAAGGUAGACGAAGCAACAGCAGCUCCAACCAUCAAACUGCCCCGAGGAGAACGAGCAGCACCCGCGGCCAAGACGCAAUGGGCUCAAGAGGCGGUACCCUGCCGAGGAUGAAUGACGUUCGGAAAGGGAGUAAAGGAAGCGCGUCCAAUGCCGAUUAUUCAUAUACGUUGCCACGAGGUCGCGCAGACUCGGACGGUAUGGACCGGCGGUCCGAGAGUUUCGACUGCGGGCCAAAGAAAGCCUUUAUCUCAUAUGCAGACCCUGGUAUUGGCCAGGAUUCACGUUUAUACGAUGAUGACGCCGCGCCCACCCCGAGUGUGCCAGCCGGCCCGCGCAAAGCCUACGACUAUAGGCCACCCAACACCGCUGCAUCCCGAACCCCUGUGGCAUCGCGGCGAAACAGUGUGAAGUCAGCGCACGCCCCACCGGCCCGAAAGAACCGCACUGAAAAUAUUGGCACCGGGGCUCUCAAGGUUCGGGAGAACGACUUCUUGGGUGAUACGGAGAUCGAUCUUCCCCCGGCCAUUCCGGCGUCGUUGGACGCGCCGGCUCCCAGCCCUACAAUAUCAUACAACAAGCCUGCUUUCCCUCCACCGGAACUGACAGCCACGAGCACGACGACCACGAUCACAGCAGAUGCGAGCACAACCGCCGCCAACAGCAACAAUAACAAUAGGGUGGAGCGUCCGGGAUUCUUCCGGCGGGUCUUCGGUGGCUCGUCUAGAAUCUCGUCUCCGGCGGAUUCCCCCUACCCCCCUAUGAAUGACCUCUCAUAUCUUCAAGACAAUGAGACCAAAGAUUCCACGGGUGCUACGGCCAACCUGAAGGGACGAGAACAACCGCCCCAGCAGCCUCCGAAGAGCGCAGUAGCAGCAGCAGUCACACCUACACCUGCUGCUCGUCGAGGUCCUCCUCAGGUGGUGAAACAAAAGUCUUCCUUCUUCCGCCGGCGUAAGAAGUCCGUGGCUGAAAAUGUGCCGCCUCCAAUCAAGCUGCCGCCGCCCCACACUCUGGAUACAAUGAAACCAGAACCUAGUCCAGUGAGCAGCUUGCGCCAAGUCAUGAAUCUAUACCUGGACGAGAAUGUACCCGCGGCCAGAGAUCGCCGGGAGAAUCACAGAGAAGAGCCGCAACUCAGCGAGCCAGCCUCACUACAAGCGCAAAAGCCACGAGAAAGUGUCUCGGCUCCUGGCGGUAGCUUCAAGCCGAAGCAGAACCUCCAGCCUCCCACCACUUCCUGCAGCCAGGAUCCUCGCUCGCCGCUAGUCGCGAGCCGUGGCACCAAUGGUCAGGCCCAAAGAACAAGUGAUGUGGAGUCUAUCUCAUCGGCGGAGUCCCCCUUGCAGGAGAACUGCUCUACCGCCAACCUGUCCAGCGUGCUGUCACCUGUCGCAGAGGAUUCCUCCCGUACCAUCAGGGUGUCAACAAAAAUGGCACCACCGAUCGAUGCUUCUCAGGACAGCUUGAUGGGAGGUGCAAGCGAGCUGAAUCCUCCACCGGACCGCCAUGUUCCCGAGUCUCCUGCUGCUUCAGAGGCGUCGCAUUAUCUGACCGCGUCGAACACCCCUGUGAUCGAGUCCGAAGAACCCAAGGCCGUCGUCGACAACGCACCACAAGACAAGAUGGAUGGCCCAGGUGAUGCCGUUGAGGAUGGACCGACUGCGUCCGACCGAGAACAAGCUCAAAAGCUCUUUGAUAGUCAGAACCAGGUAGUCGGGAAGGAUACGGCCGCUGCUUGGCUGGGUGAUCCCGACCGGGCUAAGGUCAGGGAGGCGUACAUGCGGCUCUUCAAUUGGUCGAAUUUGAACAUUCUUGCGGCACUGAGGAGUCUCUGCCAGCGUUUGGUGCUCAAGGGAGAGACCCAGCAAGUUGACCGGGUGUUGGAUGCUUUCUCGAAUCGGUGGUGUGAUUGCAACCCAAGCCAUGGCUUCAAAGCUACUGAUGUCGUUCACACUAUCUGUUAUUCCAUUCUUUUGCUAAACACCGAUUUGCAUUUGGCGGAUAUUGAGCAGAAGAUGACCAAAUCCCAAUUUGUUCGCAACACCAUGCCCACGAUUCACCGGGUGGCUAUGGAUGCAGCACCAGAGGGAUUCGAGACGUUGCGGCCUCAAAAAUCCAAGACCAUGCCCACUGCAGAGUCCGCACAUUCAGCACCGAACUCCGCUCGCUCGUCCACGUUCCCGCUAGAAGUGGCCCGUAGUUCCUUGGACGACAACUCAGGCCGCAACACAGCUGACGUCGAUGCUGGCCCGUUGGUCAGUACUCCAUUUACGGGGACCGUCAGAGCAUGGGAGCAACAGGUGGAAGCAGUCCUGAAGGAUUUCUAUACCUCGAUCCAGAAGGAGAGACUUCCUCUUCAUGGGGCCCAGCCUGAGAAGGAGGUCUCUCGUAUGGCUUCAAACAACUUCCUGGGUCCCUCUUCGAGCAGCACUCUCCGCCGGAGUCCCAGCACCAUCAGCAAGAGCGGCUCAGACAUCUUUCCUCGCGGUCGUUCGGCGGAUUCCCGCCAUGGCGCCGCCAGGUGGUCAUCCAAGCCGCGUUCUCGGGGAGCCAGACUCUAUCCUCCGUCCAUGAUGGGCUCUAGCCGGACCAGCUUGGAUGACCAGUCGUCUCUUUGGAGCCCGGCUGCGUCGAGUACCUGGAGCAAGUACUCGCUGGGCAAGUUUACCUCUGCCUCAGUGGACUCGUUUGGUUCAGAGUAUCCCCGUGGUGAGUACCAGCAAUCGAUUGGCUUCGCCAAUGCCUUGAGUCAGGCCAUUAUCCGCGAAGAUUCUGCUACAUCCAUCUACAGCUAUGAGGAGCCCAGCGCUCCUCUCCUCGAAGAUGAGACCUUGGCCCUGGCUGGAGCGCCUUGGGCCAAGGAAGGUAGUGUCAAGCAUAAGCACCACUUGGACGCGGUGGAUAAGCGCGCCAAGGACCGCAAUUGGAACGAGUGUUUCGCUGUCAUUCAACAGGGGUGGAUGCGGCUUUUCUCGUUCAGCAAUGCAUCCAAGUCCAUGCGGCAAAAGGCGAAGCAGCGUGGUGGCGUUGUGGUUGGAGGCGGUAACUGGACCGAGAAUGCCGAGGAGAUUUGGAAGUUCAUGCUCCGCCAAACCAUUGCCAGUGCCCUCCCGCCGCCGGGAUACUCCAAGUCACGUCCUCACGUAUGGGCGUUAAGUCUGCCCACGGGCGCCGUCCACCUCUUCCAAGCCGGCACCCCGGAGAUUGUGCGGGAGUUCGUCUCAACCGCCAACUACUGGAGCGCACGACUAUCCAAAGAGCCCCUGGUCGGCGGCAUCAGCAACAUCGAGUACGGCUGGAGUGACGCAGUAGUCAACAGCGCCCUCGUCACCGUGGAGAACCGCUCCCCACCUCCCUCCUCCGGCGCCCCACGCCCCAGCAUCCAAAGCUCCAUCCGCAGCUCCCUCGACCAAGGCACUGUGCGCCCCAAGCUGCCCGCGGACCGAGUGCACAUCAGCGACUGGAGCCCACCGCAGCAGAGCAUGGUCGCCUCGCACCAGUCGGAAGAGGACCAGCUGAAGGCGCUGCAGACGUACGUGAAGAACGUCGAGGAGGACCUCCAGCGGCACAACGAACUGCGGUCGGCCAUGAACCUUGCGUUCUCGCCGCGGCAUCCCAACUCGGUGAAGGCGAUGGCUAACUGGGAGCGGAAGUCGUCGUAUCUGCUGCGGGAGAUUGUCAAGUUCCGCACGUACAUUGAUUCCCUCCGCAAUGCGAUUAAUCGCAAGGGCGAGAUUUACUCUUCGACGAAUAAUUACUACAAUCCUCCGGCUGGUGAGACUGCGGACGCGGAGAAGCUGCUUGUCUCCUCGACUGCGUGA